AUGGUCAGUGCUACACCGUCGUCUCCUGAAAUGUUUCCUGUUGCCUUCUCCACAGAUGCCCAUUCAACCUUGUUUUUUUUUACGGCAUAUCAACCUUUGUUUUUCUUGUUUUUUUUACGGCAUAUCAACCUUGUUUUUCUUUUGCAUAUCAACCUUGUUUUUCUUUUACGGCAUAUCAACCUUGUUUUUCUUUUACGGCAUAUCAACCUUGUUUUUCUUUUACGACAUAUCAACCUUGUUUUUCUUUUACGGCAUAUCAACCUUGUUUUUCUUUUACGGCAUAUCAACCUUGUUUUUCUUUUACGGCAUAUCAACCUUGUUUUUCUUUUACGGCAUAUCAACCUUGUUUUUUUUUUUACGGCAUAUCAACCCUUUGACAUAUCAACCUUUUUUCUUUUACGGCAUAUCAACCUUGUUUUUCUUUUUACGACAUAUCAACCUUGUUUUUCUUUUUUACGGCAUAUCAACCUUGUUUUUCUUUUUUUCUUUGUUUUUUUUACGGCAUAUCAACCUUGUUUUUCUUUUACGACAUAUCAACCUUGUUUUUCUUUUACGGCAUAUCAACCUUGUUUUUCUUUUACGGCAUAUCAACCUUGUUUUUCUUUUACGACAUAUCAACCUUGUUUUUCUUUUACGACAUAUCAACCUUGUUUUUUUCUUUUUACGGCAUAUCAGCCUUGUUUUUCUUUUUUACGGCAUAUCAACCUUUUUUUUUUUUUUUUACGACAUAUCAACCUUUUUGCAUAUUUUUUUUUUACGACAUAUCAACCUUGUUUUUUCUUUUUACGGCAUAUCAACCUUGUUUUUCUUUUACGGCAUAUCAACCUUGUUUUUCUUUUUUUACGGCAUAUCAACCUUUUUUUUCUUUUUUACGACAUAUCAACCUUGUUUUUUCUUUUUUAUCAACCUUGUUUUUUUUACGGCAUAUCAACCUUGUUUUCUUUUUACGGCAUAUCAACCUUGUUUUUCUUUUUUACGGCAUAUCAACCUUGUUUUUCUUUUACGACAUAUCAACCUUGUUUUCUUUUACGACAUAUCAACCUUUGUUUUUCAUAUCAACCUUUUUACGGCAUAUCAACCUUGUUUUUUCUUUUUCAACCUUUUGUUUUUUUUUACGGCAUAUCAACCUUGUUUUUCUUUUUACGGCAUAUCAACCUUUGGCAUUCCCGCCUUUCUUGGGAUAAAAAAAUCUCCGUUUUUAUUUGUAUACGUACUGUUCAUGUGAAACCUAUCUAUCUAUCUAUCUAUCUAUCUAUCUAUCUAUCUAUCUAUCUAUCUAUCUAUCUAUCUAUCUCAGUCUCCUACUAUCUAUCUAUCUAUCUAUCUAUGUACUUUCGUCUUCUUGAAUCCCUAUACGAUUAUCUACUCCUGAAAUUCAUAAACCUUGUGUCAACUAAAAUAUUUAUAUGUUAUUUACCUAAACCUUCUUUUUUUAACAUUUUUAUCUUCUUCCUUCUAUCUUCUCUUUUUUAUUCACCUCCUCUUCCUUUUCCUCCUCCUCUUCUCCUUCUUCUUUUUCUUCUUUUUCUUCUUCUUCUACUUCUUCUUUAUCUUCUUCUUCUUCUUCUUCUUCUUCUUCUUCUUUACUUAUCCAUUUCUAUUUUUUCUGCACUUCUUCUUGCCAUUUCCUUACCUCACUCUUUUCUCCUUCUCCUCUCUUUCUUUCUUUUUUCUUUCUUUCUUUCUUUCUUUCUUUCUUUCUUUCUUUCUUUUUUCUUCUUCCUUUCACUUAUCAUAUUCCUUUCCUCUUUCUUCUUCUUCUUCUUCUUCUUCUUCUUCCCUUCACUUUUUUCUUUAUUAUUUCUUUGCUUUCGUAUGCAUUUCACUUGUCCUCUUGUCUCUUUCUCAUUCUCCUCUCUUCUUUUCUCCUCCUCUCUCCUUUUCGCUACUCGCAUUUCACCUCUUGCUCUCUUCCUCCCUCUCUCUCUCUCUCUCUCUUCUAUAUUCUUUUUUAAUUAA